CUCCUACUCCUCGAGCGGACUGUUGGUUUGUCAACCUACAAAUCAAUCACGACUCCACGAUGCUCCCGAACGCGAAGCGAGUUUUGGCAAAGCAGGCCACUGGCCUCAUGGCGCGCGCGCACGCCUACAGCUUGGGCGCACAACGGCAGCGCCUGGUAUCAACCUUGGCAGUUCUCGAGCAAAAGGAUGGUGUGCUCAACCACAGCUCUCUAAGCGCCUUUACGGCUGCGAAGAAGCUUGGCGGAACGGUACACGGCUUCAUCGCAGGUACUGGUGUCAAGUCUGUCGCUCAAGAAGUUGCCAAGGCUGAGGGCGUUGAAAAGAUUAUCGCUGUCGAAAAUGCUGCAUACGAAAAGGGUUUGCCCGAGACUUUUGCCCCUCUUUUGGUUGAGAACAUCAAGAAAGGCGGUUAUACGCAUGUUAUUGCCGGUCACACUGCGUUCGGCAAGAAUGUCAUGCCUCGAGUUGCUGCACUCCUCGACUCCCAGCAGAUCUCCGAUAUCACAGCUAUUGAGAGCGAGAAUGUCUUCGUCCGACCGAUCUAUGCUGGAAACGCAAUCGCCACAGUUGAGUCAUCAGACUCUGUCAAGAUUGUUACAAUUCGAGGAACUGCCUUUGCUUCUGUUCCACUUGAAGGAGGCUCUGCUGCCGUUGAGGAUGGUGUUGAUUCUAAGCCAGAGUCACCUACCGAGUGGGUGUCGGAGGACCUAGCCAAGUCCGACCGCCCUGAUCUCUCCACAGCCUCUCGAGUUGUGUCGGGCGGCCGUGGUCUCAAGUCCAAGGAGGACUUUGACAAGAUCAUGCUGCCUCUUGCCGACGCCCUCGGUGCUGCCGUUGGUGCGUCGCGCGCUGCCGUUGACAGUGGAUAUGCCGACAACAGUCUGCAGGUGGGUCAAACAGGCAAGGUGAUUGCUCCUGAGCUAUACAUGGCCGUAGGUAUUUCGGGCGCUAUCCAACAUCUUGCGGGUAUGAAGGACAGCAAGGUCAUCGCCGCCAUUAACAAGGACGCCGAUGCCCCCAUUUUCCAAGUUGCCGAUGUCGGUCUGGUUGGUGAUUUGUUUGAAAAGGUACCAGAGCUCACUGAGAAGGUCAAGAGCUCAUAGGUGUCUAUAAUGUACAUAGUAUAGAGUACAAAAUGAUGUAAUAUACAAACAGUUAAAGGUUCCUCUAUGCGUUAGUCAAGGACCGCUAGCAUGUCCUCUGUUCUUGUGAACUUUUCUCUCUCUUUCCCAAUCUUUUGCCCACGCUCUCGUUCCGCGCGGUCAAUCUUUCGCCAGUCGUCCCACUCAACAGCUCGACAUGUCGUUGGGCCAGCGUCCUGUCGUAAGCCCUCCCAUCCAGUCACGUUACCAUUACCCGAGGUGUUAAGGAAUUGACCUCCUGAGAGCCAGUCAUGAACGAUCGCAUCACCUGUCGUGAAUGCAUCUUGCAUCGUCGAUGCAAUAACUCCAGUUGGACCAUUCUUAACCCAGCCGGCGCAGUAGACUCCAGGGACCUUUUCGUUGUGAGCGCCUCCGGCAUGCGCAUCUGAAACCAUCCUUGUCACUCUGCCGAGGCCAUCGUUGUCGACAAUUCCUCGCCGAUCAUCAAAUUGGAUGCCAAUCUCAGAAAACCCAGGCAGGGCGAUUGACUUGUAUCCCACGGAGCGGAAAACAACAUCAGAUGGCAAUAGUGCAGUCUUCCCUGUGGCUUUGACUGCCGACUUCGGGUCAAAGGGCGAUGCGAGUUCUGUAAUGUCGAACUCGGUGCUGGCGACUUUGGAUGGAUCGUUCUGGUUCCCGAGGAAAUUUUUCGGUGAAAGACAGCUAUGAAGAGACCAUGUUUUAGAAACAACGUCAUGAGGGGCUGGUGAACCCUUGACCAGCACUUCCAUCAGUCUCUUUGAGGCACGUGGUAAAGUCUUGAUAUUCUCAGGGAUCAAGGACCUAUUAAGAGGCAAGAAUGCGACUUCUUUGAG